AUGGCCUCGAUAGCAAACAAACCAAAGACUACCAACGGCACCGAUGGGACUAAAGCCCAUGAUCCUGAUUAUGGCCUCAGCUCCGCUUGGUCACAUUAUUACUCCCCUCCGAACACAUCGGCGCAAGGCAGGUGGGAGGGCGAGCUGGAGAACUUGGUCGUCUACGGCGAGGUGCCCAAGGAGAUCGAGGGCACCUUCUGCCGGCUAAUCGUGGACCCUCACUACCUGCCACAUAAAUAA